AUGCCAGAAAAACUACCACCAUCACUACCAUCACCACCACCACCACAACAACAACAACAAUGCAAAAACCAACAUUUACAACAAUUAAAUAAGAAACUAGCAGGGUUUUUCAACUCUUUUAAAUGGAGGAGCAAGUCCAGAGAAAGAGAACAGCAACAACAUAAACAACAAAAUCAACAACGACAUUUAAAUGAUAGUGAAACACCCACAACCAAUCAGAUCAAGCAUAACAACAACAUUCCAAAAGUCAGCUUGCCCUCCGAUUCAACUACUGCUUUCAACGGCAACAAUAAUGAUAAGAUGAAUUGCAAUUUCAAGAAAAAAUUAAUUCACCACACUCAAAGACGACUCACCAAACCAACAAAAACUCAAAUUUUUUCGAAAAUUUCAAAAAAUUCUUCACCACAACGGAAAAUUAUCCGAAACCACCACAACCAUCAUAUCGCCAGCCACAGACACAGCAGACCACAGCAGCCACCAACAACCAAUCAGCUAAACGAUGAGAACAUGAAGAAAUUUUGGAAAAAUUUUCACAGCAGCAACAAACAUAAAAAUUUUUCCAAAACUAAUAAGAGCGCCGAUUUUAAUUUGAUUAACAGUACCGGUAAAAAGGACUUUUAUGAUGAUACUGGAGACGUAAACGCUUUUAAUCUUAUUAGUGGCGUGUGUGGUAGCGAUUUUAGCGACCCAAAUUUAUCACAAUUAAUGAAUUCAUCUUUAAUAGACAGUUUGCAGUGGAAAGAUGACGAAAUAUUUGGAAAAAAUUAUUGUAAAAAUUCAAAAAAUUUUGAAAACAAAAAGAAUUGUCGAAGAAAAGAUGCGAAAAAAUACAAAAAUAAUGAUUCAAUGAAGAGAUUUUUAACAAAUAAUCGAUCAUAUAAUCAAGUGACAUCAAUUUUUGCGCCUAAUACAUUAAAGAAUGCAUUAACAAAAUCAAAACUAUCAGAUACAUCAACUAAACUUACCUUACCUCAAAAAUCUACAAAAAAUCGUAAAUUAACUAAGCGAAAGCCGAAUAUAAAUCAAGAAAAACCGAAUUUGGAUGGUCGAAUACCGACUGAAAAUAAAACCGUACCAACUAUCGAUGAUACAAAACCGACUAGGGAUACUGAGAUAACGAAUAAACCAAACAUCCAUGAUCGAAUUGAAAAACUUGAACAAGCAUACGAGGAACAAAAAUUGAAAUACGAAAAUGAUUUCAAACCGAACAUUAGCAACCCUAACCAUAACCGGCUAAAAUCGCUUCAUCUAUCAUCAUUAUUACCAUUAAACUCUCUUCCUCUUUCUCAUCAUCUUCACCAUCAGCUUCAUCGCCAUCAUCAAGAUCAAACCAAAUCAAAACCGCCGAGCCACAAAGCAGCAACAAAUAAUACACCAAAUAGUCGGUUUAAAAUUGUUUCAAAGAAAAUUUUUGACAACGACUACCACCACAACAGCAACAGCAGCCACAACCGCAACUACAACGACGGCUACUACUACUGCUACUACUCUAAAAACAAUGACCAGAUAAAUGGUGGUCAUUUCAAAUAUGCAGAAAACCGCCGGGCUAACUUGGAAGACGAUGAUGUGGCUAACAAUGGCUGGCCGUCAUCGUGUGGCGAUGUUUGUGGCGCGCGUAACGAGCAGCAGCAACAACAACAACAUCAACAACAACAACAUCAACAACAACAACUGCUGGCCGAGUUUAACGAAUGCUUGGAGUGGCUGAGCGAGGAUUACAGAAAAAAAAUCCAACAAUAA